AAACACCACCACCCUCUUGCAAAAAUGGCCAACCCCGUUGUGUUCUUCGACAUGGAAAUUGGCGGCGCCAAGGCCGGCCGCAUCGAGAUGACGCUCCGCGCGGACGUCGUCCCCAAGACCGCGGAGAACUUCCGCGCGCUCUGCACGGGCGAGAAGGGCUUCGGCUACGCCGGCUCGUCCUUCCACCGCGUCAUCACGCAGUUCAUGUGCCAGGGCGGCGACUUCACGAACCACAACGGCACGGGCGGCAAGUCGAUCUACGGCGCCAAGUUCGCCGACGAGAACUUCACGCUCAAGCACACGGGCGCGGGCAUCCUCUCCAUGGCCAACGCCGGCCCCGGCACCAACGGCUCGCAGUUCUUCCUCUGCACCGUCAAGACCGACUGGCUCGACGGCAAGCACGUCGUCUUCGGCUCCGUGACCAAGGGCAUGGAGGUCGUCCAGGCCGUCGAGGCCGUCGGCUCCCAGCAGGGCAAGACGUCCAAGCCCGUCGUCAUCGCCGCCUGCGGCCAGCUCUAAGCGCCGACCGCCGCGCGGCGGCCGGCCCCGCGCCGCGCCGCCGCCGCGACCGCCGACGCCAAGACGACCCCGGACAAGGUACACGGAGGGGAACGCGCGCGAGCGCCCCGGCGUAACGCGCACGCUCUCGCAAGAGAGGUCCCCAGUC